AUGGUGGUCAAAGAAAGUAGCAGGACCACUAAAAAUGUGGUUCCUUUCGGAUCUAACUUUGCCGGUAGAGGAAGCUGUAAUGGGGAUUGCCAGCCAAGAUUGUAUUUGCAAUUAGAGCAUUGCUGGCCACUAAUGCCAGCUGCGGUUUCUGGAUAUGAAGAUACAGAGGGAGAGAUUCUCAGAAAGAUGGAAGAGCAAGUGCCUGGAGCAAUGGGGACAAGUGCUAGCUUGGCUUUGAGAUUGGGGCAGACCUAUGGUUUUGCAAACAUUUCGAAAGAUUUAGGGGACAUUGUUUUAACGACAACCUUGGUUGCAGAAGAAACCUGUAAUCAGUUUUCUACACAUGCAAACAAUUGA